AUGAAUGAACAUGAUAUCUUCAUUAAUCCUUAUUUCAGCAGUGUAAAUUGUAAUAUACAAGCAUUUUUUAUUUAUUUAGAUCAUACCAAAGAUAUUUACGAAUGUAUCAGAAACUCACCACUAUUUGGUAUACCCUCACUUUGCGAAUAUUUGCUUUCGCGCUGGCCUGACGUUAAGAUGAAAUCUGGAGAACUUGGCGGAACAGCUCUUCAUAAAGCUGCUGAAUAUCAUUUUACAGAAAUACUUGAUGUUUUUAUUCGUCAUGGCUAUGAUAUAGAUAUAAAAGAUAUCAAUAAACGCACACCACUUGAUGAAGCAAUAUCACAAAGAGACUUUGAAACUAUUAAAUUCCUGAUUUCACAUGGUGCAGAUGUCAAUGCAAAAGUUCAUUGUGGAAAAACACCUUUUCAUGAUGCAAUACGGAACAAUUGUUCUAUUGAUAUAAUAAAAUUUCUUAUUUCACAUGGUGCAAAUAUCAAUGCAAAAGACGAUUGUGGAAAAACACCUCUUCAUGAUGCAAUGUGGAAGGUUUCUAUUGAUCUCAUAGAAUUUCUUAUUUCACAUGGUGCAGAUGUCAAUGCAAAAGACGAUUGUGGAAAAACACCUCUUCAUGAUGCAAUGUGGAAGGUUUCUAUUGAUCUCAUAGAAUUUCUUAUUUCACAUGGUGCAGAUGUCAAUGCAAAAGACGAUUGUGGAAAAACACCUCUUCAUGAUGCAAUACGGAACAGUUGUUCUAUUGAUAUAAUAAAAUUUCUUAUUUCACAUGGUGCAAAUAUCAAUGCAAAAAGUAAUAAAGGAAAAACUCCUCUUCACAAAGCAGUGUCACAUUAUCAAUUAGGAGUAGCAAAAUUUCUUAUUUCACAUGAUGCAGAUGCCAAUGCAAAAGAUAACAACGGGAAAACCCCUUUUGAUCAGAAAAAUGGUAAAAGCGUCUAUGAAUACAUUUAUUAUGUUCCUAAAAGUCUUACUCAAGAGGAAAUUGAAUCUCUUUUCGAUGACCUUUAA